GGGGGCGAGGGAGGGGGCGCGCGGCCGCCGGAGCCUCAGUCGUUGCUGCCGCUGCCGCUGCCGUCGCAGUGGAGGGGCAAACGCCCGCCCGCCCGCCGCAGGGACGCCCCGCCAACGCCACUGACGCUUGAGCUGGAUGGCUGGAUCCAUGAGAAGAUGCUGAUGGCGCGGGAUGGCACGAGGGAGGACAGCCACAAGCUGCAUAAGAGAUGGCUCCGGCACCAGGCAUUCAUGGCCGAGCUGGCUCAGAAUAAGGAGUGGCUGGAGAAGAUCGAGAGGGAGGGCCAGCAGCUGAUGCAGGAGAAGCCCGAACUGGCGGCCUCUGUGCGGAAGAAACUGGGCGAGAUCCGCCAGUGCUGGGCAGAGCUGGAGAGCACCACCCAGGCCAAGGCUCGGCAGCUCUUUGAGGCCAGCAAAGCAGACCAGCUGGUGCAGAGCUUCGCUGAGCUGGACAAGAAGCUCCUCCACAUGGAGAGCCAGCUGCAAGAUGUGGACCCUGGAGGGGACCUGGCCACCGUCAACAGUCAGCUCAAGAAGCUACAGUCCAUGGAGUCGCAGGUAGAGGAAUGGUACCGCGAGGUGGGAGAGCUGCAGGCCCAGACUGCAGCGCUGCCGCUGGAACCCGCGAGCAAGGAGCUGGUGGGCGAGCGGCAGAACGCGGUGGGCGAGCGCCUCGUGCGCCUGCUCGAACCGCUGCAGGAGCGCCGCCGCUUGCUGCUGGCCUCCAAGGAGUUGCACCAGGUGGCGCACGACCUGGACGACGAGCUGGCAUGGGUUCAGGAGCGGCUGCCACUGGCCAUGCAGACAGAGCGAGGUGACGGCUUACAGGCGGUCCAGCAGCACAUCAAAAAGAACCAGGGCCUGCGGCGGGAGAUCCAGGCACACGGGCCGCGCCUGGAGGAGGUGCUGGAGCGCGCGAGCGCGCUGGCGUCGCUGCGCAGCCCGGAGGCAGAGGCCGUGCGCCGGGGCUUUGAGCAGCUGCAAAGCGCCUGGGCCGGACUGCGGGAGGCGGCCGAGCGGCGGCAGCAGGCACUGGACGCCGCCUUCCAGGUGGAGCAGUACUACUUCGACGUGGCCGAGGUGGAGGCGUGGCUGGGCGAGCAGGAGCUGCUCAUGAUGAGUGAGGACAAGGGCAAGGAUGAACAGAGCACCCUGCAGCUGCUCAAGAAACACCUGCAGCUGGAGCAAGGCGUGGAGAACUACGAGGAAAGCAUCGCGCAGCUGUCGCGCCAGUGCCGGGCGCUGCUGGAGAUGGGGCACCCGGACAGCGAGCAGAUCAGCCGGCGGCAGUCCCAGGUGGACCGCCUGUAUGUGGCACUCAAGGAGCUGGGCGAGGAGCGCCGGGUAGCCCUGGAGCAGCAGUACUGGCUGUACCAGCUCAGCCGCCAGGUGGGCGAGCUUGAGCACUGGAUCGCCGAGAAAGAGGUGGUGGCUGGCUCCCCUGAGCUCGGCCAGGACUUUGAGCACGUCUCGGUGCUGCAGGAAAAAUUCUCAGAGUUCGCCAAUGAGACAGGCACGGCAGGGCGGGAGCGCCUGGCAGCUGUGAACCAGAUGGUGGAUGAGCUGAUCGAGUGUGGCCACACAGCGGCAGCCACCAUGGCCGAGUGGAAGGAUGGGCUGAACGAGGCCUGGGCUGAGCUGCUGGAGCUCAUGGGCACACGGGCCCAGCUGCUGGCCGCCUCUCGGGAGCUGCAUAAGUUCUUCAGUGAUGCCAGAGAGCUUCAGGGACAGAUUGAGGAAAAGCGGAGGCGGCUGCCCCGCCUGACCACCCCGCCUGAGCCGAGACCCAGCGCCAGCUCCAUGCAGCGGACCCUGAGAGCCUUUGAGCAUGACUUGCAGCUCCUCGUGUCCCAGGUGCGGCAGCUUCAGGAGGGGGCGGCCCAGCUGCGGACGGUGUAUGCAGGUGAACACGCCGAGGCCAUCGCUAGCCGGGAGCAGGAGGUGCUGCAGGGUUGGAAGGAGCUGCUGUCCGCCUGUGAGGACGCCCGCCUGCACGUCAGCUCCACGGCAGACGCCCUGCGCUUCCACAGCCAAGUCCGCGACCUGCUCUCCUGGAUGGAUGGCAUCGCCAGCCAGAUUGGGGCGGCCGACAAGCCCAGGUGCCCCUCCUCCCUCCUCGAGCUUCCUGCCCGCCUCUGGCGGCCUCCCCCAGCCAUCCCCAUCCCAUUGAGAGCCCCUUUCCCAAUGGAAUGACAACAGCCAAUAUCCCUGUUGCACCUCUGUGUGCCAGGCACUGGUCUAGGUGCCUCGUGUGUAUUCAGACCCCUUUUUGGCCCUGGCAUUGGAGACUGGGGUCAUGGCCAUCAUCCUUCUGUCCCCUGUCCUUCCCAGUUGCCCAUGAUUACCCUCUGCAUGGGAUGUCACAGCAUGGAACAGGCUAAAGACAGGAUGGACAGGGGAGGUGUGGGACUGUAUUUGUCAGGGUGGGUGAAGAAGUGAUAAUAAUUCCA